GAAACAGAAGUAGGUUCAUAUUGUCCUUUUAUCAGGGACCCUGAGAAAGCCUUAGAUCAGCCCAGCUCUCAAUGUGGCAGAGUUGGAGUGGGGUGGAGACAGAGUCUCUGUGAUCAGUGACAUUUGCUGGCUACUAUUUACCCUGAUCUCUGUCCUCUUGUAAGCCCAGUGGACUACACCUUGACACUCAGCCACCAAGAUACAGAAGCUGCCACCACAAUGAGGUUCUUCCCCAUUCUGUGUCUGGUGCUUUUCUUCAGCCAUGAAGUGGCUUCCCGCCAACGCUCCCGUUCCAAGGAGAAGAAGAAGGCUAAAGAGUUGUCUGUGGGUGCCUUGGGAACUCCCAGCAGCAUAGAGUUUGCCUUCAGACUCUACAGGGUCUUGGCUUCUGAAUUCCCCAGUCAGAAUGUUUUCUUCUCCCCCAUGAGCGUGUCUAUGUGCUUGGGCAUGCUCUCUCUGGGGUCUGGCUUGAAGACUAAGGCACAGAUCCUGGAAAGCCUAGGCAUCAGCCCCCAGCAAGGCCAAGAAGACAAGUUCCACAAGGGCUUCCAACAGCUGCUGCAGAGGUUCAGCCAGCCUGGUGAUGGCCUCCAGCUGAGCCUGGGCAGUGCCCUUUUUAAAGACCCAGCAGUACAUAUCCGGGACUACUUCUUGACUGGCAUGAAAACUCUGUACAUGUCAGAUACUUUCUCUACCAACUUUGGGAACCCUGAAAGUGCUAAGAAUCAGAUCAAUGACUAUGUAGCUGAGCAGACCAAGGGCAAGAUUGUAGACUUUAUCAAGGAUCUCGACAGCACCCAUGUCAUGGUGGUGGUAAAUUAUAUCUUCUUCAAAGCCAAGUGGCAGACAGCCUUCAGUGACACCAACACCCGCAAGAUGGAUUUCCAUGUGACCCCCAAGAAGACCAUACAGGUGCCCAUGAUGAACCGUGAAGAUGGGUAUUCCUACAUCCUGGACCAAAACAUUUCCUGCAUGGUGGUUGGGAUCCCUUAUCAAGGCAAUGCUAUCGCUCUGUUUAUUCUCCCCAGCGAGGGCAAGAUGAAGCAGGUGGAGGAUGGCCUGGAUGAGAGAACAUUAAGGAACUGGCUUAAGAUGUUCACAAAGAGACGCUUAGAUCUUUACCUCCCUAAGUUCUCCAUUGAGGGUACCUAUAAACUGGAAAAAAUCCUCCCCAAGCUGGGCAUCCAGGACAUCUUCACCACCCAUGCUGACUUGUCUGGCAUUACUGACCACACCAAUAUCAAGUUGUCUGAGAUGGUGCACAAAUCAAUGAUGGAGGUAGAAGAGUCGGGAACCACAGCAGCUGCCACCACAGGAGCGUUCCUCACACUCAGAUCUGCUCGGCCAAGAUCUCAGAAUCUAUCAUUCAACAGACCCUUUAUGAUAAUCAUUACGGUUGAUUCAAAUGUCUUUUUCGUUGGCAAAGUGAUUCAGCCCUAAGGUGGGACUCCUUCUGAAAUUCACAGGCUUACACAGAGGGAGCCAGGCAUAUUCUACAGCCUAUCUAUCUCUCAGUAGCUAGUGAUUUUCAUAGAUUAGGUCGACUAAUAAAGUAUUGUAAGUGAUAAGACCAAUAUCCAGCCUGGUAGCUGCUUCCGUGAUCACCAUUACAAGAUGUGCUCUUGCUCUCAUCUCUCAUCAUUGACACUGACCCUAAAGAGGCCACUUGAUUUCUCCAAGGUCUUAUCACAGUAUUUGAGACAUAGUUAUACCUAGACCCUAGGCCUUUCUUGCUUUAGUCUAUCACUAAAAAGGUCUGUGAGAGACUGGUCAGCAUAGAUAAAGGCCACCAUGAAGCACAGUCAUAAACCUGGCCUCCCACCUAUCAGUACCAACUAUCAGUUCAUCAUGGUUGAGAAAGGAAACUGGACUGAGGUUCUGAAAUGGCGCUGAUAGCUAUGUAACAUGGGAAUAAAAACAUUCCUCUCUGGGAUUGUAUUUCUUUGUGUAUCCAAUGAGUGAUCAGAACAAAAUGCCCAUUCAGCAGUCUGUGAAAUUGUUACCCAGGGGUUGGCUGCUCUGUGUUAGCCAUCGUUGAUGCAAGAACUCAGUUUAGUAGCAUACUUGAGCAAUCAGGGUAAAAGUGUCUCACCACGAACAAAGGUAUCAAAUCACAAGCCUGGUUGGCUGUAGUGGAAUGAUAGAGGUCUGUUGUAAAUAGCAGAACAUAGAUUGCAGACUGACAUAUUGAUUUCUACCUUGGCAAUAGCAAUAAAGCAUUUUGCAAAGACUG